CCGGGCCUCUCCUCCCCCUUCCUCAACCUCCCGCCGCCGCCGCCGCCGACUGAGGUUGUUGACGCCGCGGUAUCGGCUCCCCUUCACCUCCCUCCCUCUCUCUUUCUCUCCGCUCUCGGCCCCCCCCCAAACAUGGACUCUGCUGUACAACUCCGGCAGAGGCCGUACGGCGCCGCUCUGCCCAUCGCAGAGCAUCCAAGUCUCAUAAUGUCAGCCCCAUCAACACCAAAGAUUGUGCUGAAAAGUACAACCAAGAUGUCACUGAAUGAGCGCUUUACCAACAUGCUGAAGAACAAACAGCCUCCAACGGUGAGCAUCCGCGCAACGAUGCAACAACAGCAGCUGGCCAGUGCCAGAAACCGCCGGUUAGCGCAGCAGAUGGAGAACAGACCCUCUGUUCAGGCUGCUCUGAAGCUGAAGCAGAAGAGUCUGAAACAACGACUAGGUAAGAGCAACAUUCAAGCAAGACUGGGACGACCGGUAGGGGCUUUGGCUCGAGGACCGAUGGUCGGCCGGGGAUCGCCGAGAGGAGGCGUGCGUCUGGGCCGUGGCGGACGAGGAGGCAUGAGAGGCGGAAUUUCGCUCAGAGGCCAGGGUCCAAACCGAGGGCGCGGUGGAAUGCCGCGGUUAGGCCUCAAGCGGGGUGGGAUGAGAGGCCGAGGAGGCUUGGGCCGGGGCGGGCCGCCGGGACGAGGAGGAAUCGGCGGCAGAGGUCGCGGCGGGAUGGUGGGCCGCGGACGAGGGGGAUUCCCAGGCCGGGGGCGAGGCCGGGGCCGGGGGAGAGGAGCCACCCGCCCCCCACUGACCAGGGAGCAGCUGGACAAUCAACUGGACGCGUACAUGUCGAAGACCAAGGGCCACCUGGACGCCGAGCUGGACGCUUACAUGGCGCAAGCUGACGGCGAAGCCAACGAAUAGCGGUGCCGGGAAGGCGCUCGUUUUAUCAACAACAUUUGAACUUGAAUCUGAAAGCCAAGAGAAGCGACACCAAGAAACAGAAAGCGGAGACUUUUCACUUUUCAGGAAAGAAAUAAGCUGUAUUUGAACUGCUGACAUACGGUCGGUCGGACAGACGUCAAGGUCUCGCUUUUUAAUUUUCCUUAACCUUUUUACAUUUGUGAAGUUCACCGUUGUGUUUGAUACUCUUCCUUUCCCAUUUGUGUACCGAUCAUGACACUGUAUAAAGUUUGCUCUUUACUUGGAAGCCCUUUGGUUUUUAGAUUAGAGUUUCCACGAACAGUCGUCCACUUUGUGGUGGAGGCUGUUUAUCAUAAAACUUUAGAACUCGAAA